CCUCACGGUAUCGCCAAUUUCUACGGAUCCGAAGAUCAAAUCGAAGACAACAUCUCAUCACCAAUUUCCAACAGUUCAAGAUGGUGAGACGCCCGCUACAUACUCCAAGCGAACCCUGUGGCGAAAUUGUGGCAUCAGGCACACGACAUGGUUCUCGACCGAGAUUUCCUCAAUGAGUCGGCUCAGGCCCAAGCUCGCAAGCACAAGUUGAAGAUGCUCGUACCUGCCCCACGCUCAUUCUUCAUGGACGUCAAGUGUCCUGGUUGCUUCACCAUCACCACUGUCUACUCGCACGCACAAACAGUCGUUACUUGCCAAGGCUGCUCGCAGGUGCUUUGCCAGCCCACCGGUGGCAAGGCCCGUCUCACAGAGGGUUGCUCUUUUAGGAGAAAGUAAAUGUGGCGCUUGUGGACUGGUCAAAAUUAUGAAUGAUGGAUCCUGGGUGUGGCAUUAGAUCUCAUGCAUUCGACGAAUAAUCGACUUGCGGGAUAGAAGAGGGAUCAUCUCCAAAAAGCUAUUUGGGAGUUCCGGAUAUCUAGCGUGGUCGACGGUAUCUUUUCCUUUUCCUGGGCUUCUUGUGCGGCAUGUGGCCAUCAUUGUACAUGCAUGUGGACGGGGAGAUAGCGUUCAGCAUGAGCC